UUUUGGCUGUCUCCUUGCAAAAGUAGCACGUCUUCCGCUCGCAACUCUCCGCGGUCUUUCUGUCCCUCGAUCUGUGUGGCGCUUUCCCCCGCGCUUCAAUGCAUCUUCUGCGCGUUCCUCGGUGUAGCCCAUUCAACCUAUUCUCCGCAGUGCUGAAAUAGAGAGUGAGUGAAAGGAGGGUGGCAAAAGAGAGAGAGACAGAGAGGAGCAAAGGGGCGAUACGGGGAAACACAAGAGAGAUAGUGAGAGAGAGCGAGAGAGAGAGAGAGCGGGAGAGAGAGGAGCAAGUGGGCGAUACGGGGAAACACACGAGAGAGAGUCCGAGAGAGAGAGAGAGAGAGAGAGAGAGAGAGAAAGAGAGGGAGAGAGAGAGAGAGCGGGAGGGAGAGAGAGGGGGGGGGGGUGCAAAAGGAAAAUUGCACAAUCCGUCAAAGCUCCCUAGCGCGCGGAUCUUUCGACGGCUGCACCAUUAAUUUGGACGGUCGGAAAGAAAGCUGAUGUCAGACCUACUUUCCUGUCCCUGCUUUAAAUACCGCAUUCUUCAUGCCAGUUGGCCGAGCCUGCUGACAGUGGAACAUAUUGCCGCCUCAACAGAAAACGACACCCUUCCUGAGCCUUCAUUGGCCGCUUAGCUGGGAAUAUCAACUGUGGGGCUGGUCAGAAAGAACGAGCAUGUUCAGCACGCGGGCACUCACGCUCCUGUCCUCUGUGUUUGGGGCUUGCGGCCUGCUCCUGGUGGGCGUGGCUGUGUCCACAGACUAUUGGCUGCUGAUGGAGGAGGGCGUGGUUCUGCAGCAGAACCAGAGCAUGGAGGUCAGGAUGGCCCUGCACUCCGGCAUGUGGAGGGUCUGCUUCGUGGCAGGACCUGAAAAGGGGAGAUGUGUAGCAUCGGAAUACUUCACCACUGAAGCUGAGAUAGACAUCGUGACCGAAAACACUGCAAAUAUACUAAAGAUGGUACGGACGGCCACACCGUUCCCCAUGGUUUCGCUGCUUUUCGUCUUCACCGCCUUCGUCAUCAGUAACAUCGGACACAUCCGGCCCCAGCGCACCAUCCUAGCCUUCAUCUCUGGAAUCUUCUUCAUCCUCUCAGGGCUGAGCCUGGUGGUGGGCCUGGUCCUCUACAUCAGCAGCAUCAACGACGAGGUGAUGAACAGGCCACGUGAGCCCGAGCACUUCUUCCACUACCACUACGGCUGGUCCUUCGCCUUCGCUGCCAGCUCCUUCCUCCUCAAAGAGGGGGCUGGGGUGAUGUCAGUGUACCUCUUCAUGAAGCGCUACGCAGAGGAGGAGAUGUACCGGCCCCACCCAUCCCUCUACCGCCCCCGCCUGUCCGAGUGCAGCGACUACAGCGGCCAAUACCUUCAUCCCGAGUCGUGGCCUCCUCCAAAGAGGGGCCGCAGCGCGUCUGAAGUCUCCAGCGACAUCUCCAUCCAGCUGAACCAGACGCCCCCGCCGCCCAAGGGCAGCUCCAUGCAGCAGCAGCAGGCCCCGUCCUCUGGCCCCUCCUCAGGCGCCAGCUACCAGCCGUCCUCCUCCUCCUCUUCCUACCCCCACCACUCCAUGUCCUCCCACCCCCUCCACUCCAGCCACCACACCAUGUCCUCCCACCCAAGCGGGCCCCCUCCCCAGUCCAUGCCCAUGGCCAUGCCCCCCUCUGCCCAGCCCCCUCCCCGAUACCACCAACACAUGCACAUGAGUGCCUCACCGUGCUAGAAGGGGGGAGUGAGGGAUGAGGGAGGGAGGGGAGGGGGGGAUAGACAGAGCAGGGGUUGGCUCUGUCGUACGUCCAACACACAGAGACAGAUGCAAACACACACACACACACACACACACACACACACACACACACACACAUGCACACAUACGUGCACACACAGAAGUGUGGGAGGAGAGAUGGAAGAGGGGAGGAAGGAAGGAUAUUUAGGAGAUCAAGAGAAAGAAGGGAAUGAACGAAGGAAAGAAAACAAGAUGGGUGGAGGAUGAUUCACAAUGGAUGCUGUGCUUAAAAUGAAGACAGAUAUUUUAAAAGAGGGAGAGAGAGAGGGAGGGAUAUGAUCAUCAUUUACACAAUAAGAAAAAGAGGGAGGAGGGGGGGGUUUAUAAGAAAGGGCAAUGCUGUUUUAGAAGAAAAAGAAUUUCGCAUUUCAAGCACUAACACACACAAGAAUCAAGAACAAAUUGUAUAUGCAUAGAGAUUUAUACUUAAACUGUAUAGACAUUUUUCUUUCUCUAAGUCCUGGAAAAACAAAUGUUGAAAUCUUAACCAUGUUUGUCUUUCAUGAGAUGUGUAUUCCUGUAUGAUUAGUUCUAUCAUUUCAUUCAUCGUUUGUAUUUGAGAGGCAAGAAUUGUGAGUACGAAGACGGAAAUCUGAAACAUCUGAAGAUCAUUCAAGAGGGUUCUGUGACUUAUCUGCACAUACUGUAACAUUUCAGACUCCCCAAGGGUUCCAAAAUGGUUCUUCGGCUUUCCCCAUAGGACAACCCUUUUUGGUUCCAUGUAAAAUCCUCUGUGAAAAGGGUUUGACAUGGAUUCUAAAAGGGGUCUAGCUGGAACCAAAAGGGUUCUACCUGGAAAGAAAAAGGGUUCUUCUCCAAUGAGGACAGCCUUUAGGUUCUAGCUAGCGUCUUUUGUGUGUGUGUGUGUGUGUAUAAAUGUCCAGGUCAUAGGCUUCAGCAUCCAUAAAAAAAACACUUGAAUUGUUGUUUCAUGUUUUGGACUAAAAUGUCAUGGUAAACAAAGGAAAUCCAUAACUUUCCAUCAUUUAGAAAUAUUUAUUUCUGAGAAUAUAAAAAAAAGCACCCAUUUUACUACGAAGAAUGAGAGCCUAUUUGCAGAUUCCAUGAGACAUAUGAUCCUCCUUUGAUUGCUAAUUAGCUUGAGUGUUCAUAUUCUAUAGCACAUGGCUGCUUACCAGUAGAGUAUCUUCCUUCUAUUCAUAGUUACCAAAAGAGCUUCCCAUACAGCAAUGGAGUAGAUUGAUGAACUAAAGACUGUGUUUGUUUUGAAAUGUUGACUUUUCUCCUUCUGACUGUGACUCGGUAUAUAUAAUACAUGCUGCCUAUGUAGCCUACCUAAUGCACAACAUGUUUACAUUCUAUUCUGAUGUUUAUUGGUAUCCUUAUACUAAAUGCAACACACACGCACACACACACACACACACACACACACACACACACAAACCAGCUGCCACAGUCCUGCUAUAACUACAUUUACUACUAUUUCUACUACUAAUAUCAAAAGAGAGAUUGUGACCAUUAUCAUUAUCUAUGUUUAUAAACAUCUGUAUUAUAAUAAUGUAAGUAAAUGCAACUAUAUAUGAAUAUAUAAUAAAACCAUAGAGGAUGUGUGAGAAAGAAAGUGAGAGGUUGAUAAGAGUUUAACAAUGUCUAAUAUAAAGCACAGAAAUCCACAUUGAGUGUACCAAACAUUAGAAACCCCUCCUCCCUCCUCAAUUCGUCGGGGCGUGGACUCUACAAGGUGUCGAAAGUGUUCCACAGGGAUGCUGAACCAUGUUGACUCCAACGCUUCCCACAGUUGGGUCUAGUUGGCUGGAUGUCCCUUGGGUGGUGGACCAUUCUUGAUACACACAGGAAACUGUCGAGCGUGGGAUAACCCUGCUACCAUACCCCUGUUCAAAGGCACUUACAGUACGUCUUUUGUCUUGCCCAUUCACCCUCUGAAUGGCCCACGUACACCCUCUGAAUGGCACACGUACACCCUCUGAAUGGCACACGUACACAAUCCGUGUCUCAAUUAUCUCAAGGCUUAAAAAUCCUUCUUUAACCUGUCUCCUCCCCUUCAUCUACACUGAUUGAAGUGGAUUUAACGAGUGACAUCAAUAAAGGAUCAUCGUUUUCACCUGGUCAAGUCUAUGUCAUGGAAAGAGCAGAUCUUCUUAAUGCUUUGUAUACUCAGUGAAUUUCACAAUAGCGUCUCUUAGUGAAUGAAGGUCUAAACGAGAGCAAAACAUGUCCAAUGGGUCUCUGUAGCACCACCUAGUGCUUUUGUUGUGAGUCUGAUUGCUCUCCAUCGAGGUUGAACGUUGCCUUUUGUGUCAUGACAUGCUCAUUUCUUCUAGCAAACCGAUAGCAAUUCUGGACUUGGGGGAUAGAAGAACGACUUAUAACAAAGUCUUGCAAUAUCUGCCUACAAAUACUGAACUAAUUCCCGAUCAAUGUACAUUCAUUUCAAUUUGAGACAUUGAAUUGCAUUCCAAUUGUUUUCCUAGUAUGAUGUGGUUGUUUUUCCGAAUUCCAGAUCUUUUCAUGCGACCAGAAAACUUGAUCUAAUGUUUUUUUAAUAUCUAUAUUGGGGUUUUUUUAUGUAGCAGAUGCACAUACACAUGUGAUGAGUGGUAGCAUUCGUUUGUUUGGGACCCAGGACAGCGAUGUACAGCCUAUAAUAUAGUAUAGAGUCAAAUAUAUGAACGCAUUAGCAAACAGGACUGGCUCCUGCUGGAGGGAAAACUAUAACAAAAGAAUAUUUGUAGCUUGUUCUGUAAUCAUAAUAGGUAGAAUAGUGUAGUGGUGUAGUUUUAUUAACUCUAUAGUGUAAAAUAUAGUAGGCCUAUUCUGAUUUGGUGUGAGAGGUUGAUUAAGAGAGAGAGAGGGAGAGAGAGAGAGAGAGAGAGAGAGAGAGGUGAAAGGGGUAGCUAUAAGAAUUGUAUCACAUUUUAUGUUGUCAAUGAAAUACUAUCAUCCUUUUGUUUUUCCUCAUUAUACUCCUCUGCUAAAUUGAGGUUUCCUUUCAGAGAGCCAUGUCUUGACCAGACCGUGAAUGUUAUUGGAGUUGAGGACGAUUGUGGUUUUUCCGUAGCUCAAGUGAGAUUCAUUGAUUUCCUCACGCUCCUUUUAUUGCCUUCACUUGUUUCUCCUCUUGCUUCCCACCCCGGUAAAUCCUACCUUUUGAACUUUAUUGAUCAUUUGUCUUGGUUUUGUCUCUCAAAUCCCCGUUAAUGUAAUGUGGGGCAGACUUGUUCCACCUGUCUCUUCUCUUUCCCGGCCUCAUUUUUCACUCUUUCUCCAUUUCUUUCUUCUUCUGUUAAUAAGGCGCUCUCUUAGAACCUGUCUUUGAGCUUAUUAAAAUGAACUGUGCCUAACAACAGUAGCGGAGAUCAAAGCUAUUAAUUAUGAUCAAGAUCAUUAUAUAAGUCUUAUUGUUGUUACUAUUAUUAUUAGUGUAAAUAUGUUACCCAUAUUUACCACAAAAUCAACGGUUUAAUGGUAAUAAUGACAUUUUCUUUUUGCUAAGCAAUGCACUAAUGAAUCUGAAGAGAUUGUUCAUACCUGAGAUACCAUUUGCUAUUGGAUCGAUGCCUGGGGGUUGCUGACUAACGUCAUUAAAUCCUAACGUGAAUAAAUCCUAGAGGUAAACCUGUGUGUGCUUAAUGUUUGUGGUCAGAUGUCUGGCACACACAAUCACACACACAAAACACACAUGAUCACACACACACACACAGACACAAUCACACACACAAAACACACACAAUCACACACACACACACACACACACACACACACACACACACACACACACACACACACACACACACACACACACACACACACACACACACACACACACACACACACACAAUCACACACACACAAUCACACACACAAAACACACACACACAAUCACAAUCACACACACACAAUCACACAAACACAAUCACACACACAAACACAAUCACACACACACAAUCACACACACAAGCACACUGAUGUCAGGAACUUUUAGAGCUGAAAAGAUCAACAUGGCUAAACUAUAUUGAGAUGAAAUCCUGUUUGCACACCGGUGUAGAGAACGAAUAGCAUGACUGGAGACUGACAUACUCAGUAUCUUGGUAAUGCCCCCUGCUAUUGUGUUUUAAUCCAAAGCUCUGCUUAUUUAAAGCCAUACGAAAUGUUGCAGUUCUGUGUGUGUGCGUGUGUGUGUGUGUGUGUGUGUGUGUGUGUGUGUGUGUGUGUGUGUGUGUGUGUGUGUGUGUGUGUGUGUGUGUGUGUGCAUGCGUGCGUGUGUGUGCGUAUGUGUGUGUGUGUCUGUGUGUGUGUGUGUGUGUAAUGGUGUUAAUGGGUGUUACGAUGUUUUACGUGUGUGUGAACUGUGUGUAGUGUGUGGACCAGAAGUCUCCACAAGAAUAGUACCAAACAAAAAUUGGGCCAACUGGGGACAUUUUGUUGGCCCCCCCACGAGACCAAAUGCUAUUUCUAGGGGGUUUAGGGUUAAGGUUAGAAUUAGUGUUAGUGUUAGGGUUAGAAUUAGGGUUAGGAGCUAGUGUUAGGUUUAGGGUUAAGGUUAGGUUUUUGGGUUAAGGUUAGGGUUAGGAUUAGGGUAAGAGUAUGGUUUAGGGUUAGGAAAAAUAGGAUUUUGAAUGGGACUGAAUUGUUGGUCUCCACAAGGUUAGCUAUACAUUACUGUGUGUGUGUGUGUGUGUGUGUGUACAGCGGUGGGUGGAGUUCGUGAUUUGGAGGCCCCAGGCAGAGGCCAGUCUGAGGCCCCCAUGGGUUUUAUAGUAAUGAUGUAAUUUCUCUGUAAGAAUGUAUUACCUUUUAAUGUUCCACGAACACAACCAGCAGUGAUGUUUUCAUCUGAUUGUCUAAUCACUUCAAAGAGUAGGUUAUGUCACGUUCUGACCUUAGUUCUUUUGUUAUGUCUUUGUUUUUAAGUAUGGUCAGGGCGUGAGUUGGGUGGGUUGUCUAUAUUCUUUUUUCUAUGAUUUGGGAUUUCUGUGUUUGGCCUGGUAUGGUUCUCAAUCAGAGGCAGCUGUCAAUCGUUGUCCCUGAUCGAGAACCAUACUUAGGUAGCCUGGUUUCACUUUUGAGUGGUGGGUGCUUAUUUUCUGUUCUGUGUUUUGUUUCACCGUUCAGGGCUGUUCGUUUUGUCGUUUUAUUGUUUUGUUCAGUGUUCAGUAUUUCUUAUUAAAACAAGAUGAACACUUACCACGCUGCACCUUGGUCCUCCUCUCCUACUCCCUCAUACGACGACCGUUACAGGUUAUCCUUUGCGCGUUCAUCCAAAAUAAUUCCAGCAUCCGAACAGUGCACUGUGCACCCGCCAACUUUCCUUUAAUUCCAAAGCUCUGCUUAUUUAAAGCCAUACGAAAUGUUGCAGUUCUGUGUGUGUGCGUGUGUGUGUGUGUGUGUGUGUGUGUGUGUGU